GACCCGUCUCUUCCGCAUUUGCCUGCAGUACAUGUACAUGUAGACACGCGAUCGGAACGCACUCGCGAUGAAGCACUCGCAAGGCGAUUAAUUCACAACAAAAAUCUCACUGUCACCUCCAGCUCCUUCACUACUGAACAUUGGCUUGACUGGGUACUUGUGUCAUUGGGGGCUGCCGAGCAAGUGCAGAUACUUCACCUACUAACAAAUCGACUGCCACUGCAUGUACAUGCUCUGUCGGUACCACACCUACCCAGCACCACACCAUCGCUGUGCUCUACUGUACCCGUAAAGCGCAUCCAAAACCGGACCUUACCAUAUCAGAGCAGUUCCAAGCACCGCAUCAUCUUACUGGAUCGUACGGUACCGUGGCUUGAUUGCUGGAUUGCUUGCUUUUUCCACCUCGCCGCUGUCCUCCGCCCACUAUCAGCUGGGGCGUGGCAUCGUCAAACGACCGCCCUCAAGACUUGGGGUCUUGUUCAUCUCCCCUUACGCCGCCAUCUUCAUCUCCAGUCGCAUGACCCUUGCCAGCUCUGUGCUGUCCUGCCCUGCGCUGUACUAUACUGUAUCUCACAGUCGUUAACACCUCCCACCUAGCCUGGCCCCGUCGUUGCAUCAUCCUCUGCCUCGGAAAUCCAGCUAUCUGCCCGAGGGCUUGCUUCCGAGAUUGGAUUUGAAUUGUUGAACUCCCAUUGCUUCAAACGUCCAAGACACGACGCCUACUUGUAGCGAUCAAACUGCUAUAAUUAACUCCCGCAUCCGCCCCUCCACAUUCGUCCUCCCCUCUCCUCUUCUCCCAGAUCGAUUGAACAAUAUCUCAUCAUACACGAUAGCAACAUGGACACCUUACUUACCGCGGAAAUAUACGCCAACUCGCCCCGCUUCCGGCGGCGGUCGAGUACCUUCGUCGAUGCCAUUCAUGACCUUCCUGAAAAGGAGGAGAUGGCUCCAGCCCAGCUCUAUAGCACCGAAUCUGGACGACUUUUUCACUCCGGUCGCAUCGUCAUCGCUACCGUUGGUCUUCCGGCCCGCGGCAAAACACACACAUCUGUGGCCGUGGCCCGCUACCUUAGAUGGCUCGGAGUCAAGACUCACGUCUUUCACCUAGGUGACUAUCGUCGUGCUACGCUUGGCCCCGGAAAAGAUGUUCCGGACGAUUACUUCUUCUUGAACGCCUCUCCGCAGUCAGUACUAUUGCGCAACAAGAUCCUCAAGAAGUGUCGCGAGGACAUUUAUCAUUUUCUCGAACACGACAAGGGCCAGGUUGCCAUAUACGAUGCAGUGAAUGCCAUUUCCAUGGGCCGCAGGUCCCUUGCCAAGGAAUUUGCCAAAAAUGGAAUACAAACCAUCUUUAUUGAGUCCCACUGUACAGACGAGCGCAUCAUCCAGGAGAAUGUCCGCAGGGUCAAGAUCUCCUCUCCUGAUUACAAGGAUUGGAAGGAUGAAGAUGCGGUGCAAGACUAUCUUGCGCGCAUCAAUUCCCGAAUCCCUCAUUUCGAAACAAUGGAGGAGGGAGAUUUGCACUGGAUCAAAAUGAUCAACGCUGGCGAGCGCGUCGUCGUUAACAAUUGUUCCUUUGGUUAUCUUUCCCAGCGAAUCGUCUUCUAUCUCCUCAACCUUCACAUCAAAUCCCGUCAGACUUAUUUUGCCCGUGCUGGAACCACCCGAGAUGAAGAUUCCUACAAGGUGGAUGCUUCUCUUUCACCCGAAGGUCGCGACUAUGCGAAGAAAAUGAGCGAUGCUUUGCUCAAAUAUCGCGAGGAAGAGAAGCAAAACUUGAUACAACAGGGCGCUCAAGACGCUGCUCUCAAGCCUCUCACGAUCUGGACUUCGACGCGCCGGCGCACCGUACAGACAUCAGAGUAUCUAGCAGACAAAGGGUAUCGCGUGAGACAGCGUUCGCAGAUGAGUCAGAUGAAUCCUGGUGUUUGUGAGAAGAUGUCAGAAGCCAAGAUUCGAGCCGAGUUUCCCCAGGAGGUAGCCAAACAUGAAGCAGAUCCUUAUCAUCAUAGAUACCCUCGUGCAGAAUCCUACCACGACCUCGCUGUGCGCAUGGAGCCUAUCAUCCUUGAGCUUGAGCGAGAAGAGAACGAUCUGCUCAUCAUUGCGCACGAAUCUGUGCUACGUGUCUUGUACGGCUACCUCAUGGCUUGUAAUGCCGCCGACAUCCCCAAGCUCGAGUUUCCUCGUGACGAAAUUAUCGAAAUAAUUCCGUCAUCGUACAAUAAUGUCGCAAAACGCAUUAAGAUUCCCGAUCUUCCGGAGAGACUUCGUGCCAGUAGCCCCGAAGACAUCCAAAUUCCCGUACCGCCUUCUGGAACAGUGAGCCCCUUUUCAGGCAUUGGAACGCCCCAGAUUCAAGCGGGUUCCGGUACUGCAACACCAUCCCAAGGCACCAUACAACCGCUAAAUCUGAAGAAAACGCAUGUUAACCCCAGCGAAUGA